AUGCGGCUCCUCACUGCGAACAAGUCCUCAUUCUCAAAAGGCAAUGAAGUAUUGAGAGCAUUCAUUGGUUUGAGGAAUGGUGCCACAAGAACUUUGGGAGUCUGCGGGCGAUGCCGAUACAUUUCUUCACUGACGGACCUUCCGUCUAAACCUUCAGACCUAAUUUCUGCUAAAGGAUAUAAGAAAGAUGAAUGGUACAAUGUCCCACAAUCAAUUACUGAUUCCCUCUCCCGAAGUCUACACACAACCAAAGAUCAUCCGAUUUCCAUUACUCGUUCGAUAAUCGAAUCAAGAUUUCCAUCGCCUACCUACAAAUACCACAACACUUUCUUUCCUAUAGUAUCUACGCAUCAAAACUUCGAUUCUCUAGGGUUCCCUUUGGAUCAUUCUGGGAGAAGCAAGACGGAUACAUACUAUAUUAAUAAGGAAACGGUAUUGCGAACCCAUACAAGUGCACAUCAAGCCGAUGUAUUCCGCAGUAAUGAAAGCGAAGGUUUCCUAAUCAGCGCAGAUGUAUAUCGCAGAGAUGCAAUCGAUCGAAGCCAUUAUCCUAUUUUCCACCAAAUGGAAGGUGCAAGAAUAUGGGAUAGAAAGAAGGUUCCAAAUGGAGAUAUCGCAGCAGCUGUUUGGAAGGACUUCGAAGCACUACCUAGACAUAAUGUGAAAGUUGAAGAUUUGAAUCCCACCUUUCAUGCAAAGAGGAAUCCAUUACAAGGAGAACAUACAGAGGCGGAAGCUGAAGCUAUUGCGGCACAUCUCAAGAAGAGUUUGGAGUUAAUGGUGGUAGAGAUAUUCUCGCGAGCAAGACAAGCAGCCAUAAAAGCGGAUCCCACGUUCGUUGAUGAACCAUUGAAAGUAAGAUGGAUAGAAGCUUAUUUCCCAUUCACAAGUCCAUCCUGGGAGCUAGAAAUAUUUUGGCAAGGGGAUUGGUUAGAAGUGCUUGGAUGUGGUGUUGUUAAACAGGAUAUCAUGCAGAAUGCAGGUGUACCAGAUCAACUCGGAUGGGCUUUCGGAAUAGGUCUGGAAAGGAUUGCCAUGUUACUUUUUGAAAUUCCAGAUAUCCGAUUGUUCUGGUCAAAGGAUGAAAGGUUUCUGAGCCAAUUUAGAGGAGUCUCUGAGAAUCUGGAGAAUUUGAAGAGAUUUAUUCCAUUUUCAAAACAUCCGGCAUGUUAUAAGGAUGUUUCCUUCUGGUUACGGUCAUCAUCUUCAGCUGGAGGUGGUAAUUCGGCCAAUGCACACGAUUUCCAUGAAAAUGACAUUAUGGAGAUAGUAAGAGAUAUAGGAGGAGAUAGAGUAGAGGAUGUGAGGAAAGUAGAUGAAUUUACACAUCCGAAGACAGGGAGGAAGAGUAUGUGUUACAGGAUUAAUUAUAGGAGUCUAUUGAGGACUUUAACGAAUGAGGAGGCGAAUGAAAUGCAUGAAGAGGUUAAAAAGGAAUUGGCAGGGAAACUGGGUGUGGAGUUGAGAUGA